AAUGGGUGCAUUGGGCCAACUCCGGCUCCUGCUCUGGAAAAACUGGCUCCAGCAGCUCAGAUCACCGUGGUUUGCUCUUUUCGAGCUCGUCGUUCCCCUCAUUCUCAUCGGAGCCAGUUUUGGGCUUUUGAUUGGUUUCUCCGGACAAUUCGAGACAACGUACACAGAGCGUAAAUAUGCGGCGUGGCCAGUCUCCGGCAGUGCCUACGAUCUCAUAAUGCCCACGGAUCCCGAUGACCCCAUAAAAUCUGCAAUCGUUGAACCAUAUUUUCUGUUUAAUUCGCAGCUCACUUGUCAAUUUUUGAAUACUUAUACGAUAGGAGUUAACAAGUAUCGAAUGGACAUUAUCUUCGCCUAUGCACCAAUGACAGAUGCCACUAAACAAAUCAUGGACAAAAUCCAAAAUCGUUACACAGCGAAUGAUCUACUCAAUCCUGUCGCGGCAUACAUAAAGGGACUCUACAAUAUCACAGCAGUACCAGUUUUGAACACGAAUAUGACAUACAAAGGGUUCACAACCGAAGGCGAAAUGGUUUCCUGGAUGCAGGGACAGUUUCAGAGUGAAUGUGACAAUCCGCUUUUGGCUGGUAUUGUGUUCGACGACUCCAUCGCAAAAGAUCUCAAGAACCCCGACAAACGAGAUUUCACCUACACAAUCCGACUCUCAAAUACUCACCGAAGAUCCAGAAACGCCUUCGGUGACAACUCCUACCCAUGGGAUACCUCUGUCUCAUUUGCUGUUCAGUAUGUCAGCGGUCCCAUCAACCCGGAUGACAAUGACGGAGGUUCCCCCGGAUACUGGCAGGAGGGUUUCAUGACUGUCCAAAGAGCUGUCGACGUGGCGAUCACCGAGAUUAUCACUGGGGAGGAUGCUCAGCUCACCCCGCUUCUCGAUUCCUACCAAGUAUCGAGAUUCCCGUUUCCCGGGUAUUCCACGAAGAUUAUUGAGAUCGGAGCGUUCUUCAUGCCUGUCAUUGUGAUUUUCUCCUUCAUGACCAGCGUCAUUUACAUCGUAAGGGCGGUUGUUGUGGAGAAGGAGGAUCGGCUGAAAGAGUACAUGAGAGUCAUGGGACUAUCCCAGUUUAUCAACUGGGUUGCUCAUUUUAUCAUCAACUACGCCAAGCUCACUUUUGCAGUUAUUGUGUUAACGAUUCUCAUGCACUUCGUCGCUUUGAAAUCCGACAUGACACUAAUGUUCGUCUUCCUGAUGAUCUACGCCUUCGAUGUUGUCUACUUCGCCUUUAUGAUCUCCUCAUUCAUGAACUCCGCCACAUCGGCCACCCUUAUCUCUGUCGUCUUCUGGAUGUUGCUCUACUUCUGGUACGCAUUCUUCUCCUCCAUCGAUCAAACGAAUCCGUACCCAUUGGGCUACCGACUUAUUAAUUGCAUCAACCCGGAUAUUGCGUUAAACUACGGGCUUCAACUGCUAGCUGCCUACGAGACACAGGCGGAUGGGCUCAAGUGGGGAGAGCUUUUUACACCGCCAAGCCCUGAUAACAACUUGACGUUUGGACAUGCUUUGAUCGCACUUAUCGUCGAUGGAAUUAUCAUGAUUAUUUUGACAUGGUACAUUGAAGCAGUGAUUCCAGGAGGAGAAGGAGUGCCUCAAAAACCAUGGUUCUUUGUCCUGCCAUCCUACUGGUUCCCGAAUAGCGGCUCCAAGACUGUGGACUCUUCUGAUCAGUUCCAACAAAUACAAUACGCGGAUCAUGUGAAGCUCGAGAAAGAGCCCACCGAUCUCAUACCAACUAUUAAUGUGGUCAACCUAACGAAAACUUAUGGUACAUCGUUUUUCAAGAAACUCUUUGACUGUAAAUUUGGAAAAUCUGGAGAAAAACGAGCCGUUAGCAAUUUGAACCUGAAAAUGUACCCGGGUCAAUGUACAGUACUACUUGGGCACAAUGGAGCCGGAAAGUCGACUACGUUCAGUAUGCUUACCGGAGUAGCCUCGCCUAGCUCGGGUUCGGCGUACGUUAAUGAUUUUGACAUUAGAACUUCGCUGCCAAAGAUCCGCCGUGAAAUGGGACUCUGUCCGCAAUACAACACACUUUUCGGAUUCAUGACGGUCAUGGAGCAUCUCGAGUUUUUCGCAAAGCUGAAGGAGAGGACAUGGGAUCCCGAAGAGGCUCGUGAGAUUCUGGCUCGACUGAGAAUCGACUUCAAGGCUGAUUUCAUGGCGGGCGCCUUGUCUGGUGGACAGAAGCGGAAGCUAUCAUUAGCUAUUGCCUUGAUUGGAGGCUCAGAGGUUGUGAUGCUCGACGAGCCGACAUCUGGCAUGGAUCCUGGAGCUAGACACGAGACAUGGACACUGAUUCAACGAGAGAAGGAACGGAGAACCAUUUUGUUGACUACUCAUUUCAUGGAGGAAGCUGACUUGUUAGGGGACAGAAUUGCAAUUAUGGCUCACGGUCAGCUGGAAUGCUGUGGCUCCCCAAUGUUCCUCAAACAGCAAUAUGGAGACGGGUACCAUUUGACAAUUGUUUAUGACACCACUUCUACUCCAGACGUCUCGAAGACCACGGACAUCAUUAGAGAAUAUAUUCCAGAAGCCCACGUCUUCUCCUACAUUGGUCAAGAAGCCACGUAUCUUCUGUCGGCCACGCACCGCCCGAUUUUCCCAAAAUUGUUUAAAGAACUUGAAGAUCAUCAGACACAAUGUGGAAUCACCAGUUUUGGAGUUUCCAUCACCACUAUGGAGGAGGUGUUCCUGAAAGUUGGACACACGGCAGAUGAGCGCUACAAUUAUGAGCAUGGCAUUGAAAAUGAUAUCAGUGAGAUGAUUGAGAAAGAUGAUCCGAUUUUACAAGACCUCCGCGCCCAGGUCCGCGUAACAGGCUUCACUCUUCAAAUGCAGCACGCCAAGGCGAUGUUCUACAAGCGAGCCAUCUUUUUCUUCCGUAAAUGGACUCAAUUUUUGCCACAGCUGGUGUUCCCGGUUGCUUACUUGGUUCUUAUGGUGUUCACGUCUCAAGUGCUCCCUUCUGUCAAAGAACAGGAUCCACAGACAAUUUCAUUGGCUCCAUUCUCCGACACGAAAAAAGCGGGUCACCUUGUCAGUGACUCUGGGAACUAUGUCACGCUUCUUGGAGGCUCGCAAAAUUUGUCCAGCAUGGUUCAAGGCACCGUGACACAGCUUGGUGUCACUCAAACAGUGGUCGAUAUAACUAGCAACGUUGAGAAAUUCAUUAUGGAUCAGACAAAUGCUAUGGGUUCCCGGACAUUCGGGCUUCAUUAUGCACUUGGUUUUGUACCGUCUAUGUUCAAUUUCAGUACUGUAUCCGUUCCAUCUCUUAAAACAUUCUUCAACAAUUUCGGUUUAUACACACCAGCGCUAGCAAUUACUUUCACGGAUUCUAUGAUUUUGUCGCAAAAGCAGAAGAAGCAGUAUUCGUUUACGGCUGUGAAUCACCCUCUCCCACCAUCCACCCAAGACACGUUGAAGAAUACGAAUAGAAGUGACGGAGCCGCAUUUUUGAUUGCUUAUGGAUUGAUUGUAUCCUUCGCUGUCUGCGUUGCUGGAUAUUCCCAAUUCCUGAUUACCGAACGCAAGAAGAAAUCCAAGCACAUGCAGCUGCUCUCAGGAAUCCGUCCUUGGAUGUUCUGGCUGACUGCGUUCAUCUGGGACGCCGCGUGGUUUGUCAUUCGGAUCCUUUGCUUCGACGCCAUCUUCUACAUCUUCAACAUCACCGCCUACACCCAUGACUUUGGUGUCAUGCUGAUCCUUACCCUCUCCUUCCUUUUAUACGGCUGGACCGCGCUGCCCUUCACCUAUUGGUUCCAGUUCUUCUUCGAGUCCGCGCCGAAAGGAUUCAUGAUGGUCACGAUGUAUCAUAUUUUGACAGGAAUGAUUGGGUCGAUCGCAGUUCCGAUUAUUUCUCAAACGUCUAGUCUGGAUGCUGGUUAUCUGUGGUCCAUCAUUUUUGCGUGGCUCUUCCCGACGUAUAACAUUUCGCAGAUCGCCACAGUGACCUUCCAAAACGAGAACGUUCGAAUCGCUUGCAAGAAACUUGACUGCACGAUUCCGAUGUUCAAAGCGGUGACGGCUUGCUGUGGAACUGCUUCAGAACGUCUCUACGUCGAUAACGUGCUCUUUGUUGGAAAUCGGAAAGGAAUUUUAGUCUAUGUGAUAUUCCUUGCCGUCCAAGGAUUCAUCUAUUGGAUUUGGGUGUUCAUGAGAGAAAAUGAUCAGUUCACAAAACUGUUUGCAUUGAUAAGAUGUAGAAAAGCUGAUAACCCAAUUUGGGAUAUCACCGAUACUGAUAAAGUUGAUGAGAGAGAUGUGGAGGAUUCGGAUGUAAUUGCGGAGAAAUCAGUGGUUCAAAGACUUGCGAAUAACAACAAGACGGCUCUAGUCAGUAAUAAUUUGGUGAAAUGGUACGGAAACUUCAACGCCGUGAAAGGAGUCAACUUCCAUGUCAACUCCAAAGACUGCUUCGGACUUCUGGGAGUUAACGGAGCCGGAAAAACGUCCACGUUCCAAAUGCUCACUGGAGAGAACUCGAUUAGUUCAGGAGAUGCCUACGUAAAUGGUUGGAGCGUGAAGAACAAUUGGAGGGAAGCCGGAGCAAACACGGGAUACUGCCCACAAUAUGACGCGAUUAUCAAGGAAAUGUCUGGAGAGGAGACUCUGUACAUGUUCGCCAGAAUUCGAGGCAUACCGGAGAAGGAUAUUCCGAAAAAGGUCAACGCUGUUAUCCACGCUAUCGGAAUCGGAAUGUAUGCCAGUCGCCAAAUCAAGACCUACUCUGGCGGAAACAAGCGCCGUCUCUCCCUGGGUAUUGCCAUUGUUGGUCUGCCCGACGUCCUCCUCCUCGACGAGCCGACCUCAGGUGUGGAUCCAAAGGCUAGACGUAUUAUCUGGAAUAUUUUGAAUCGUUUGAGAGACUUGGGUACUGCUCUUGUCCUCACUUCUCAUAGUAUGGAUGAAUGUGAAGCGUUGUGCACGGAACUGGCGAUUAUGGUUUAUGGAAAAUUCCGAUGCUAUGGAAGUUGUCAGCAUAUCAAGAGUAGAUAUGGAAGUGGAUACACUCUGCUAAUCCGUCUCAAGAACCGAAAUGACGCUGAAAAGACCAAGUCAACGAUCAAGCAAACAUUCCGCGGAAGCGUCAUCAAGGAGGAACACGUCCUCCAGCUCAACUUUGACAUUCCACGUGAUGGAGAUUCGUGGUCUCGCCUCUUCGAGAAGCUUGAAACAGUCUCCACGUCGCUCAACUGGGAUGAUUACUCGCUGUCGCAAACCACACUGGAGCAGGUGUUCAUCGAAUUCAGCAGGGACGCCGGGGUAUCUUCGGAUUCGGAGUUUGAUGGAGCCAGCAGCACAGGGUCCGCCAACUCGCGAGGCAAACAGAAUGGUUACACGAAUCGGGCACUAACCAUUGAAAGCGACGCGGAAAGUGCCAUGUAUUUCUAAUUUUGUUUUCUUUAAAUGAUUUAUUUCGUUUCCAAACAUUCCUGUUUUUUUUUGACAAAACUCGGGUCUCACCCUCUUGAUUGUUCUUUCUUGCCCCAUUUUCUCGUUUGUUUUCCAAUAAAUGUCAUGAAAA